CAGCAUCUAUUUAAAGGGGGAAUAUCAAAACUGAACAAUAAGUCCCAUCACAAUGGCCGCAGUGAUGCGUUUGCUAUUGUUUAUUUCUUGGCUGUUGCAUGUGGGCAACUCACAAGUGUUGGACCUGCAGCCAGUUUCUGGUGGACCCACUGUUGCCCCACUCGGCUGUCAUCGUCGUUUGUACACCUAUAGGGUUACACAAGUCGAUCUUCAGGGACGCGAGUGCUGGGAUCAUGUCAGUGUCUGGAGUUGUUGGGGUCGCUGUGACUCUAGUGAAAUCUCCGACUGGAAAUUUCCGUACAAACGAUCUUUUCAUCCAGUUUGUGUGCAUGCACAGCGACAGCCAUCGGUGGCAAUACUAAAAAACUGUCAUCCCGAGGCAAAUGAUAAUAUUCGUAAGUACAAUUACAUGGAGGCAAUCAAUUGCCAUUGUCAAACGUGCUCAACGGAGGACACCAGCUGUGAGGCACCAACCAACAAUGAGAUGGACGACGAGAAGGGUGUCAAGGUGUUGACGUUAACUGGCUAUGAUUCCGAUGGCACCGAUUAUUAAACAGCAGUCAGUUUGUGGUGUAGUACAGUGUAGUUUUUGAACCAUUCAUUACAAUAAAAUAUUUAUUUCGAUAGCAAGUUGCAUAUAAAGCAUA